AUGGAUUUAGAGGCUGCGCUUGGAGCCUGUGACGCAGCAGAUGCAGCUAGUGAACUCUUCUACUUAAAAAUUGCUGAUCAAAGCACAGUGUCGCGAUCCACCCUUUCGUGGCGGCACCAACCUGUGUGCACGUUGCGUGAAGAAGGAUACUCCUCACAGCGAAAGAUCAGCCCAUAA